AUGACUGAAUCACCUGGAGAAACCGUAGCGAAACACUUGUCGGAUCCUAGCAAAUCGCUACGACCGAUACUUACCUCUCUAAAUGGUGAUAAUAGCUGGCUGAUGUCCUUCCCCAGGCCUGAGGAGGAGCGGGCUGCUGCAGGGAAGGUCUUCUACCAUCUUGCUUUUGAGCCAUGGCUUAACGGAGCAGCGCAUGUUGGGCAUCGAUGGAUCGUACAUCUUGCUCGUGUUGAAAAGGAGGGCAUUUCGACAUUUGAAGACCUGGAGAAUCUCAUCAGAGCAAUCGAGCAAGCUGCUUCUGCGUAUUUGCCGCCAAAAGCUCAAGAUCAAGCGGCCCAGCCCGCGCCGACAAGACAACUCGAUGCUAUCCUGCUUGGCUUCUUCUACUCCGAUCAUCUUCAUCCGCAAACUCUCAAAACGUUUCCUCCCGAGAUUCCCGUCAUAGUAACACCUCCAGGAGCUGCCAUCAUCGAGCCAUGGAAUCACUUCAAGACCAUCAAAAUCAUCAACAACUUCGAUCCCUCCGCGACAACUUGGAACUCACCAGACCUUCACCCAGGCGAUCCAGUCCCAAGCUGGUUUACACCGCUAAUGAUCCUCGGCAAAAGCGAACUCAACUUCGUCUUCGCCAUAAUCUGGUCCCAUACCAUCAACGGCGAAGAAAUCCACGAAGCAAUUCUUGACUCUCCCCAUGGCGUGCAACUCGAUGCCAAACCCCUCGAAGCAUUCCUCGUAUCAGAGCCCAAGACAAAGAAACUCGCUAUGCUUCACGGUCUUAAAGAAAGUCACACCGGCGGUAUUCAAACAUGUUACGGCGCAAAAGGUGGUCUUGGACUGCAUCGAAAGGUUGGAGGUGUAGAGCACUGGGUUUCGACACACUCUGCUGAGCUGAAAUAUACCGGGAUAUUCAUGAGGCUUGUUUGGACUACCGAUACACCAAGGACGAUCGAGUGGGCGUUGGAGGAGGAAAAGAAGGAACAUCCUGAUGAGGAGUUGUCUGGACCGCCGAAUUUCAUCAAGGUUCCGAAUGGUGGGUCGACGGUUUUGACGUGUUAG